AUGGAAGGAAAUGGAGUUGAGCGUAAAAAGCGGUCCGAUUAUGAAGAGGAAGAAGUAAUCGCUAACCUGUGGGUGCAACUGUUGAUCCAUUUCAAUGUCUACUUUUCUGCCAUUUGGCUAGUGGCUACCAUAGUGUUCUUUAACCAUGAAUUUGCCAACAUAAAUGGUAUCGAAAAAGCCCUCUCCAUCAUGACGCUGAUCGUGUCGAUUCCGCUGGAAGUUGUGCGGCUUUAUCUUGGCUAUACGGGAAAUUUGAUGAGCACGAUACCCAGCUUUGCCGGAUUUCUCAUCCUUUCGUUUCUUAUCCAGCUGCCGUUGCAAACAUAUCUUCUGCUAGCGACACAUACGACAAAGCACACGCUAGCGAUUGUGGUGCAAUCCGUUACGACCGGCACGCUGGUGCUUCAGAUUGUGGUCGGUGUUCCGGCUAUGCGAAAGCUGUCCGACUUCCGCCGAAAACAGUUCCAACUGCAGCGUUGGCAGUACGCGGGCAAGCACUCGAAACGAUCUGACUCGCAGCAGCCAGCCCAAACUGUCGUGAGUGAAUGACGAUUUGAUUAUACAGCGUGUGUUGGGAUUGUGCUCCAAUGUCCUAUGCUUUAUAAGUCCGAUGCAGGUCAUAUUUUGUGAAAAACUCGUUCAAAUGACUAAGG